AUGGCAAGUCAUUGUGAACUAACCAUUUUUGAACAUGGAAUGAUUGUUGGACUUUCCAAGAGCAAUCAUGGGCCUCUGCUGAUCAUUCUGGGAGAUCACCUGUUUUGUCUAGCCGUGAAGAGCUAUGAGUACAGUUAG